AUGUCACCAAGUGAAGCGGUGGGAGGUCAAGUUUAUGGCUUGCCUGAAACUGAAGAGGAUACCGAACUUCUUCGUAUCAGAGUUGUUAAGGCGGAACGUCUGUCAAAAAGAGAUAUAUUCGGUGUUUGCGAUCCAUAUGCAGUGAUUUUGCUAAAACGUGAAGGAAGUAGCGUUGCAGUGGACAAAGCGCAAACCAAAACACGCCGAAAGACCCGUGAACCGGUAUGGAAUGAAGAAUUUGUAUUUCGUGUAGUACGUAGAGAUUGCAUAUUAGCAGUGCAGAUUUUUGAUGAAAGACGCAUUACACGCGAUGAUUUUCUUGGAAUGGUGGAAAUUGACUUAGCACAAGUACGUAUCCCACAUGAACUGAUUGGAAUACCAAUUCCAGAAGCGUCAUAUAUUUUGACUGCUCGUUCACAUCGCUUUUAUUCUUCAGUUCAGGGUAGCGUACGUCUUUCACUUUCAUAUGUCACUGAUUCCAUACGGCCAGCUACGGAGCAGAACUCUACCCAUGAUGACGGCGAUUGGGAGCAGUUGAGUAGUAACAGUUUAACAAGUCGACAGGGUCCAACUUCUUUACCUGAAGGUUGGGAAGAACGACAAGAUGCAAAUGGUAGAACAUUUUACGUAAAUCAUAUAUCGAGAACAACACAAUGGAUGCGACCUACGAGAAGUGGCAUUGAAUCCGAGUUGGAUGAAACAGAACAAGAGGACGCUUUGCGUAGAAAUUACGAAAGUCGUUGGCAAGGUUCUAGUGAAGAACAUGUUGAGGACAGUAUUGCUAAUUUAGAAGCUGGUUUACGGACAAAAUUUGAAUCUGGUGGUCGUAUUGAUCCAAAUGAUGGUCGUGGGCUACUACCGCAGGAAGUACGAAGUGAUGAACUGGGCGAAUUGCCCGCUGGUUGGGAGAAGCGUUUUCAUGCUGAUGGUAGAAUAUUUUACAUUGAUCACAACACUCGCCGAACACAGUGGGAAGAUCCAAGAUUUGAUAAUACGAAUAUCGCCGGUCCAGCUGUUCCAUAUUCGCGCGAUUAUAAAUGUAAAUACGAAUAUCUGAGGUCACAUCUUCCGAAAUCACCUACCAACAUCAAAUGUGAAAUUACAGUACGGCGGAUUCAGCUAUUUGAAGAUUCAUAUAGGCAGAUAAUGCAAUUAUCACCUAAUCUUUUGCGUGCCAAACUCUGGAUUGAAUUUGAGAAUGAAACAGGUUUAGAUUAUGGCGGUGUAGCGCGCGAAUGGUUUUAUUUACUUUCGCAUAAUAUUUUCAGUCCCUAUUAUGGUCUUUUCGAAUAUUCAGCAACGGAUAAUUAUACUUUACAAAUAAAUCCACAUUCGGAAACUUGUAACCCAGAACACUUAUCUUAUUUUCACUUCAUUGGUCGUGUCAUUGGUAUUGCUAUUUACCACGGGAAAUUACUUGAUGCAUUUUUUAUUCGACCAUUUUAUAAGAUGAUGUUGGGUAAGCCAAUCACGCUGAAUGAUAUGGAGUCUGUGGAUAAUGAAUAUUUCAAUUCCUUAAUCUACAUCAAAGAUAAUAAUCCGGAAGAUUUAGACCUGCAUUUUGCAGUGGACGAGGAUGUUUUUGGACAGAUGAAUAGUGUGGAACUUCGAGAUGGAGGAGCGGAGGAAAAAGUAACAGAUGCAAAUAAGGACGAGUAUAUUGACUUAAUUAUUAAAUGGCGCUUUGUUAGUCGUGUUGAAGAACAAAUGAAAGCAUUGAUGAAGGGAGUUCAUGAAGUGAUACCACCAAAUUUGCUAUCAAUUUUUGAUCCAAAUGAGCUUGAAUUACUAUUAUGUGGCUUACAAAAAAUUGACGUUAAAGACUGGAAAGACAAUACUCUAUACAAAGGUGGCUACUCUCCAAGUCAUCCGGUAAUUCAAAAUUUCUGGAAGUGCUUGCUUGCAUUUAAUAAUGAAAUGCGUGCAAGGUUAUUGCAAUUUGUUACUGGUACUUCUCGUGUUCCAAUGAACGGUUUUCGCGAAUUAUAUGGCGCAAAUGGACCUCAAAAAUUUACAAUUGAACGCUGGGGUAGUACAGAUAUGCUGCCACGGGCGCACACUUGUUUCAACCGAAUCGACUUACCACCGUAUACUAAUUUUCAUGAAAUGAAGGAACGGUUGACAACGGCAGUUGAAAACUCGGAAAUUUUUUCUGGUGUUGAUUGA